AUGAACUUAAAAUCUGAUCAGGUAAUUCAUGGUGAGCUAGUUGCAAAAGAUGGGAAUUUUACUGCUCAAUUCACUGCUGUGUAUGGUUUGCAUACAAUUGAUCACAGGAGGCCACUUUGGUCCACCUUGACUCAAGUUGGAACAAGUGUGAUGCACCCUUGUUUUGUCACGGGUGAUUUCAACUCAGUGCUUCAUGCAGGUGAUAGAAUUCAUGGUAGUCAGGUAUCUGAUGCAGAAACAAGAGAUUUUGAUGCUUGUAUUGCUUCAACAAGGCUGAUUGAGCUCAAAAGUUGUGGAAAUUUCUUUUCCUGGAACAGUAAAGGUCAAGGUGAUUUCAGAAUACACUCCAGAAUUGAUUGGGCCUUUGGGUGUGGCAACUGGCACACUAAAUGUCCAGAUGUGUGUGUGGAUUAUCUGAACCCUAGUUUAUCAGACCACUCCCCUCUUCUGCUGAUUAUUGUGCAAGAAGGACGGAGCUCUGCUGUUUCUGGAACUGCUAUGUUUCAAGUGUGGCACAAACUGAAAAUCAUCAAGCAGGGUCUGAAAACUCUGCAUAGGAAAGAAUUUCCUAGGCUAGAUGAUAGAAUGGAUGGCAUUAGGAGGGAGCUAGAUGAGACUCAAUCGCAGUUAGCUGCUUCCCCUAGUGAUAUUGACCUUUAG